AUCACAGCUUCACACUACAAAAAGGUGAGAUAAAAUUGAAGUAAUUUUCUACGGCUCAGCUUUCAUCAAGAAAGACAAACAAGGCCCAUAAUUUUGUACCUUUUACGUUACAUAAAAAAUAUUACUACUACUAUAAAGACAGCUCCAUUAGAAUGGCGGAUAUUACUAGAACAAGCAAGGUUAUUGCUUCUUCUCUUAAAAUCAGCUUGUUUUCUUCUAUUCUCAUUUCCGUGAUUCUUUUUGGUUCCUUCCUCUAGUAGUAGUAUAUUAUUUCAACAAGCAACCCAGACUAAAAAAAACAAAGCUAUUUUUUUACUGCUCCUAGUAUUUAUUUAGUUUUCUUCAAAGAUUAUUCUUGAACUAAAAUGGCUGUGGCUAUGGCUUCUUGUGGGAUAAUUUCUGGGAUUCACACUAAUUUAAAAGCAAUUGAGAAACUGCCAAUAUCAAGUCCAGGUCUUUUCAGGGGUUCUUUUGGUUUGGAACCUAUACAGAGAAUAUGCAUUGCUCCUAAGAGAUUAUCUUUUUCUGAGAGUACAAUUGUUCCAAAAGCAUCCUCAGCUGCAGCUGUUGAGGAUGGAAGUUCCCAAGAGACUGCAGUCCCGAUGCCAAAAGUCAUAAUAGAUCUGGAUUCGAACCCUGAUGCAACUGUAGUGGAGGUUACAUUUGGUGAUCGCCUUGGAGCUCUUGUUGACACGAUGAGUGCAUUAAAAAAUCUUGGACUGAAUGUUGUCAAAGCUAAUGUCUGUCUAGAUUCAUCAGGGAAACAUACUACAUUAUGCAUCACAAAUGCUUCUACUGGUAGGAAGGUCGAUGAUCCAGAGCAGCUAGAAGCAAUUCGUUUGACAAUUAUCAACAAUAUGAUUGAGUUCCAUCCGGAAUCUAGCGCCCAGUUAGCUAUGGGUGAAGUCUUUGGUGCUUAUCAACCAAAUCAAAAGCUUGAUGUGGACAUAGCAACCCAUAUCCAUGUCUAUGACGAUAGUCCUGACCGAAGCUUACUGUGUGUAGAGGCAGCAGAUCGACCUGGAUUAAUAGUUGAUCUCGUCAAGAUCAUUACUGAAAUAAACAUUGAUGUUGAAUCAGGAGAAUUUGACACUGAGGGACUGCUAGCUAAGGCGAAAUUUCAUGUAAGCUACAAGAACAAAGCUCUCAUCAAGCCCCUUCAACAGGUUCUUGCAAACAGUCUACGCUAUUACUUGAGGAGACCAACAACAGAAGAGUCAAGUUUUUAAUACAGUGCAGAAUGAGAGAAAAUAACCAGUUGGUUUAACCAUGCAAUUUUUAACUGUCGCAGCAAAAGCAUGCUUGAACAUGCAUGAAAUCUGGAAAUAUAGUUCUCAUUACUGAGUUAACAUUGUAAAAUGCUACCAUUUUAUACCUCAACUUAAUUUGAAUAUACCUUUCGACAAGUGGAAAGAGCCAUUUUCCUCCCA